GAUAGGGAGAAUCAGAGACUCCACUUUCUCUCUCUCUCUUUUUCAUCCACACACUUAUUGUUCAUCUCACUAUCACUAUGGACAAGACGUCUUCAUUCUCCAUUCACAAAGGGAAACCGAUUAGAUGCAAAGCAGCAUUAUGUAGAAAAGCAAGAGAAGCACUGGUGAUGGAAGAGAUCCAAGUUGAUCCACCUCAAGCUUACGAAGUACGGAUUAAAAUCAUAUGUACUUCUCUUUGUCACACUGAUGUUACUUUCUGGAAGUUAGACAGUGGGCCGCUUGCAAGGUUUCCUAGAAUUCUCGGACACGAAUCUGUCGGCUUGGUCGAGAGCGUUGGUGAACACGUGGAUGGAUUUAAACAAGGUGACGUUGUAUUACCAGUGUUUCACCCUAACUGUGAAGAAUGCAAAGACUGCAAAUCUUCAAAGAGCAACUGGUGUGCGAGAUAUGCCAACGAUUCUAUAUCAAACACGAGACGAUAUGGAAUGGCUUCUAGGUUCAAAGAUUCUACUGGAGAAGAUAUCCACCAUUUUCUCUUUGUUUCCAGUUUCUCUGAAUAUACCGUGGUAGAUAUCGCACAUCUCGUAAAAAUCUCUCCUGAUAUCCCCGUUCAGAAAGCUGCUUUGCUCAGCUGUGGUGUCUCCACAGGAGUUGGAGCAGCUUGGAAGGUGGCUAACGUGGAGGAAGGUUCCACCGUUGCAGUCUUUGGCCUCGGUGCUGUGGGACUUGCGGCUGCCGAAGGAGCUAGGCUGCGAGGGGCCGCGAAGAUCAUCGGUGUUGAUCUCAAUCCUGAUAAAUUCGAGUUAGGUAAGAAAUUUGGUUUCACGGAUUUCGUCAAUCCUACUUUGUGCGGAGAAAAGAAAGUUAGCGAGGUGAUUAAGGAAAUGACAGGAGGAGGAGUUGACUACAGUUUCGAAUGCGUUGGUUUACCUUCUAUACUAAGUGAGGCUUUUAUCAGCACCCGCACGGGAUCAGGAAAGACGGUAAUGUUAGGGAUGGGGAAGCAUGCAGCGCCAAUAAGUUUGGGUAGUUUUGAUCUUUUAAGUGGUAGAACUAUUUGCGGAAGCUUGUUCGGUGGUUUGAAAUCUAAACUGGAUAUUCCAGUUCUCGUGGAUCAUUACCUAAAAAAGGAGCUUAAUCUGGAUAGUUUUAUUACACACGAGUUGAAAUUUCAGGAAAUCAACAAGGCUUUCGAGUUGUUAGAGGAAGGAAAGACUCUCCGCUGCAUCAUAUGGAUGGAUAACUAACAAGUUGCUAGUCAAUCUUUAGAGACCAGUUAAGAAAGGAGGGGG